UCCUUUUUUUUUUGCAAAUGUAUUUUCUGUCUUUUUUCAGAACAGUCCACGCUGUCGGAGUCUUGUCACACGGAGCCGGGAAUAUCACAGUGCUCUGCAGAUUGUGGACGAAGUUCACUAAUACACUUCAGAAACAGCGAAGAAGAGAUCUCAUGACAACAAUUGCCUGUAGACCCUCCCUCCUCUCCCUCCUCCUGUUCCUUCUCUCCCUCCCUCCCUCCCUCCCUCUCUUCUUAGUAUCAGCGUUCUCCCAGCAAACACACAGUCAACUCCAACUUGGCGGCUGCUGCGGAGCAUAUCAGGUUUCUACAGGAUUGCGAGAGUCUCACACCCCUUACUGAAUUACUGUCCUUCUCUGUCUCGCCAAGGAAGACACAUCAAAACAGAGCUUGUGCCAUGAAGUGAUCACCCUACAAACAAGCUUCCUUUGGGUCAAGUCUUGCCCCACCUGUCUCGCCUGUAAACAUGGGGUUGUGUGGGAGUAUGACGGGUUGGAGAUGCUGGGGCAGUGCUGGAGCGCUCAGAGCCAGCGUAGGAGUGAUGCUGCUAGGACUCAGCCUGUCUCAGUCUGUCCGUCCACAGGCUGCCUGUGCAGCAGCUGCGGCCCCACAGAGCCUCACCCAGCCCCAAUACCAGGACACGAUAGGGGAGGAAACCGGCGCGGGCUUCAUGGCAGCUCUGGUCCACUCCUUCCUCUACGCAGUCCAGCCUAACCCAUUUCCAGGAGAUCUAAUCUUGAAAAUAAUAGAUUUUCAGCAAGUGCUGUCAAAUCAAGAACUCAUCAAAGAAAUCCUGGUGUAUAGUGUGGGAUUCCUGGUGUGUGUAGCAAUUGCCAUCCUGUACAUCAUCCUGAUGCCCGUAGUUGGCUUGUUCUUGGCGUGCUGUCGCUGCUGCGGUAACUGUGGUGGGAAGAUGUACCAGAAGCAGACGUCCUCCAUUCACUGUCGCAGAAGAACUCUCUACUGGAGUGCAUUCAUCACCACAGUCAUUAUCCUUGCUGGGAACAUCUGCAUGUUCAAAAGCAAUGAAGCCCUCAAAGUAAGUGUGGAUCAGAGUCCAGCGCAGCUCAACACAACUCUAGACAACAUCCACAACUUCAUCACAGCUGUGCCUCAGCAAAUUGAUUAUGUGGUGAAUGAGAGCUACAAAACCAUAGAAGAGGUGACCAGAAACCUAGAAGGCAUUGGAUAUCAGUUGGGGACAGACAUCCAGGACCGAUUCAAUGGAACUCUGGCCCCAGCCCUGCGCCCAGUUAGGCUUCUGAACCAAGAGAUUACAGACACCAAUGUUCAACUUAACCGACUGAACUCAUCUUUGGCCCAGCUGCAGUCCAGCAUGGACCUCCUUCAGGCCAAUGUCACCGCUGUUAAAAAUCGCAUCAAUCAGACUUUAUCCAACUCAAACUGUCAUGGCUGUGAAAACCUAAAGCCAGAGCUACAGAGUAUAACACUGGACGCCUCCAUCACUGUUCCCAGCUUGAAUGAGUUCCAGUCUGCGGUGGAUAAAGUCAUCAAAAUUAAUCUCACAUCCAGAAUCGAGGAGGUGGAGGACUAUUUCAACAGCAUCCCCCAGGCAGUGACCAAUGCUACCAAGGAUAUAGUUGCAAAAAGCAAGCAGCUGCUGGGUGAUAUAAGAUCACAGCUCUCACGGGUUACUGAUAGCAUCCCUUUAUCUGCUCUGACCAAUGUGUCGGGGGCUCUGAACACGGCGCAAAGAGAGAUCAGCAAGAUCACCCCGGAGGUCGAGAGAGCUGAGCAUAUAAGAUGGAAAGUAUGUGUUGCGGUAUGCUGUGUGGUGCUCCUGGUAGUGGUGUGUAACCUCCUGGGUCUGGUCCUGGGCCCUCUGGGUCUGACACCCAAAGGAGACCCCACAAAACGCUCCACCACAGCGAAUUGUGGAGGCACCUUCCUCAUGAUGGGUGCUGGUUUCAGCUUUCUCUUCUCCUGGCUGUUCAUGAUAGUGGUGGUGGUGCUGUUCCUCCUGGGUGGAAACCUUUUCACCCUGGUCUGUAGGCCCUGGAGCAGCGGAGAACUCCUAAAGUUCAUUGAUACUUCGGGUUUAAUACCAGAAAGUCAGAGUUUUGGAUUGAAAACCAACAUCAAUCUCUCUGAAAUCUAUAGAGACUGUGAGGAAAACCAGCCUUUGUGGACAACAUUGCACUUGGAUGAAGUGAUAAACCUUGGAGACCUGCUCAAUGUAUCUAAAUACACUGAGCGGAUCCAGCAGCAGUUUGAGAAUACGGACAUCACUCUGUCCACCAUCACUCUCCUAAGCCCUGAAGUUAAAAACCAACUCAGCAACUUCUCCACCAAGGCUAAAAGUUUUGACGCCGCUGCCAUCACACAGCAGAUGAACAACAUUUCCAGGAUCAAUCUCAAUGCAACAGCAAAAAAACUGAAUGGUUUAGCUCAAAAUCAAACAAACAAUGAUGUUAAAAAUGAGCUUCAAAAUGAGGCCAAGGACCUGAUUCAGAUCCAGAUCAGCAUAGAAACAACUAUCAUCCCACAGCUGGAAAACCUGAACUCGACCAUCAAGAGCCUUCAAUCCAUCACAGGAAAAAUCAAUGGCACAGUGGGGGAGGUGCUGAGCAGCGUGGGAGCAGCACAAGACUUCCUCAACACAAAUACAACACAGAUCGUCAAGACCGAAAGCAGAAGGUUUUUGGACUGUCAGCUGGGUUACUUCAUUGCUUACGCUGACUGGGCCAACCUCACGAUCACACAGCAGGUGGGCCGCUGUCAGCCGUUGGCGGGAGCUCUGGACACUGUGGAGCUUGUCCUCUGCUCAUACAUGGUGGAGUCUCUGAAUGCGUUCUGGUUCAGUCUGGGAUGGUGCAUACUUUUCUUCAUCCCCAGCAUCAUCUUUUCCAUCAAACUAGCCAAGUACUACAGGAAAAUGAAGUACUCUGAUGUCUAUGAAAACCACAUAACUAUGAACCACAUCCCGCGGGCCCAGAUGAAAAUCACCUGAGAGGAGGGCAUGUGUGCGGUACAGCUUUAAAAGGCCGCAGGCACGACUGUGGCAUCCCUUGACAGAAUAAAAAACUCAUGGUGCACUUCUGCACAGAUGUGGCACAUUGUCACUCUGGUGAAAAAUCUCAAACUGAAAAAAAAAAAACAAACAAAAAAAAAAAGAGAGUUAGGUCAUCUACUUCACUUUACCUUUACUUUUUUAAAUUCCAAUUUUCACACUAAAUGCAAAGCAGCUUAUUAAAUGACUGCAGUGGUCAUACAACACAUUUCAUACAACACGCAGCAUCUUUGCAUUGACCUCAGGGGGACACAGGGCAUAAGGGAAUCUUCAGGGAUCAGUUUUUCAUCACUUAUAAUAAACAUUUAAAGAGAUUUAUUUCAUUCAUAGUUUUAAAUAAAUGGAUUCCAUGUAUUUGAUGUAUGAACUGAGCCUGCUGUUGGAAUAUGAGAAUAUAUAUUUAUUUUGCUGAGAGUUGAUCACAUAUAGUAAUGUCGGUGGGCAGUGCUUUCAGAGAAUGCAGCAGUGUGUUACUGUGCCAACUGGCAUUUGUAAUGUGCCAGCCUCUGUCUGCUCUUCUUGGAAACCUAAUUCCAGUGGAAACACUUAACUAAAUUCUAAUUUUACUUGCACUGAUCUUUGAAAUCAAAGCACAAUUUCCUGUGUAAAUCACGAAAUGAAUACACUUUUUUUUUGUGUGACAAAGACUGAAAAUGUCAGUCACCCUAUUGUUUCUAUUUGAAACUACACAAUGCAACUUAAAGUUUUUAUUUUUAACAUUUUGUUUGCAAAUAUGCUUUUGUAAAUCUUGAUUUUGACUGACGUUCUUGAUUUAAUAAUGCUGAUUUUUGUACUUUGUACUCAGUAGUAGAUUGUUUCAUCUGUUAUACAGCACUUUAUAUGUUGUUUUCAAAAGGUUAUGAGCAUUUCUAUCAGCUGAAUUGUAAAAACUACUGUGAAUACAAAUUGUUACUGUUACUGAC